ACCCCUCAGUGUGGUUUCAGGUGAGUCAUCAUCAGGUCGGAUCAGGAGGAAUCUCGGAGCGAUGACGCUGGUCUGUGCUGUGAUCCGAUUGGCUGUAAGUUGAGAGGCCCCGCCCUUCCCGCAGACUUGACUUGUUGCUGAACUUCAGCGUGGAAACAGCUGGAAGGACCCGCGCGCGCUGCUCCGUCUCACAGGUUUAAUCCAGCACUCACCAUGGCAGACAGUGGAAAGACGGCUGAGGGCGGAGCUACACCGCCGGCCAACGAAGACCAUGAGACGGUGGUUUCCCGGGUCACCAACCUGACCCUGGUCAGCUCGGCGUGCGACGUGGUCUCCAGCGCCUACAGCACCACCAAAGACAGCGUGCCGCUGCUGAAGGGGGUGAUGGACGCUGCCGAGUCUGGGGUCCGGACGCUGGGGGCCGCCGCCGCUGUGGGCUCCAAACCUUUGAUGGACAUGAUUGAACCGCAGUUGGCGACGGUGAACGAGUUCGCCCUGAAAGGUCUGGACAAGAUGGAGGAAAAACUGCCGAUUCUGCACCAACCAGCAGACAAGGUGGUGUCGGAUACUGUGGGAAUGGUGUACCAGUCUGUGGCGGGAGCCAAGGAUGCGGUGGUGGGGGCGGUGAUGGGGGGUGUGGAGCUGACCCGGGCAGCGGUCAGCGGCGGUCUCAGCACGGUCAUGAGCACCAGGAUGGGCCAGAUGGUCAGCAGUGGGAUGGGGGUGGCCCUGAGCCGCUCUGAGGACUGGGUGGACCAGAACCUGCCGCUCACCGAGAGGGAGCUGGCUGCCGUCGCUGAACCUGCCGGCGUUGGCGGCGAGGUGGCAGCGCCCCCAGACAGCCCCAGCUACUUUGUCCGUUUGGGGAAGCUCUCCGCCAAAGUUCAGGAGCGAGCUCUGGAGCAUUCCCUGAUCCGUGCACAGCGGGCCCGGGAUGCAACCUACGCGGCCGUGGCUCAGAUCACCAGCACUCUGGACCUGGUGGAGAGCGCCCGUGCCGGGCUGGGUGCAGCCGGUAACAAGAUGGGAGAAGCCUCUGAGCAGCUGCUGCAGCGCUGGAACGAGUGGAAGCAGAAGCAGGAAGGAGACGGACGCUCGGAGUCGGAGCCAGACGGGAACGCCGGACGCUUGCAGUCGGAGCCGGAUGGAAGCAAAGAUGAAUCCGAGCAGCUGGAAUGGCGAGCUCUCUCCAUGGUUCAGGAUUUAAGCGAGCAGCUGAAGUCGGCGUGCUCCGGCGUGGUGUCGAGCGCUCAGGGUCUGCCGGCUGCCGUCCAGGAACAGCUGACCAACGCUCGACAAGCUGCCGAUGAGCUGCAGUCUUCUCUGGGGGGGGCGUCCAACAUCACACCUCUGCUCCUGGAGCGAAGCCGUCUGCAGCUGAAACAAGUCCAGAACUCCCUGGAUGGCGUCAUGGAGUACCUCCUGCACAACACGCCGCUGAACUGGCUGGUGGGACCGUUUGUGGCUCAGAGGGGUGAAGCUGUGGCGAUGGAGCAGAUGACGCCCCAAAAGUGAAGAUGCUCAUCAGCUCCUGUGGGGUGAAGAUGUGGCGAUGGAGCAGAUGACGCCCCAAAAGUGAAGAUGGUCAUCAGCUGCUGUGGGGAUGGAGAAGCUAUGUUUACUGAAGAUUGAGCCAUUUUUGGAAAUAAAAAGUGUUCAUUAGAUAAAAAAAAUCUAAUGUUUGUCAUAUUCUUAGUGCCUAAUGUGAGAUUAUUAACACUAUUCAGAACAAAAAUGGAAUUCCUUAUUUUUACUGUCUUGAUUCAGUUUCCUUUUAAAAUUGUGCCUAAAACAUCAUCACUGUACAGCUUCAAAUAAAUAAAAAAUACA